UGUAAUAUUCAACAGCUUUCUCCCUUAACUCUCUAGUGACUCUCCCUCCUCCUUGCUCUUGCAUUUUCCUUUUCUUUAAGUUUUAAAAGAUGAAGAAAAUUUUAUUAGCCACGUGAUCUAAUAAAGUUGCCAUGGUAACAUAAGUUGACUAAUGGAGGAACAGGAGACUAAAGCCCCUCCAGAGGAGGCUGCCAAGGAUACAGAUUCUGCAAGUGGCGAUGGAGAGAGCAAGGACGUUCGGGUAGAAAGCACCUUUGAAGAAUUGGAAAAGGAAUUUGAGGAGGUGCUACAAGAGAUGGUGGGAGAUGGGAGUUUGGGCAAAUUCAAAACAGAGUAUGAGAAACUCCACAAAGCACUCAUAAAAUCACACGAGAGCGAGAAGCGCUUAAUGCUACAAUGCCAAGAGCUAAAUGCAGAGCUCAUUUCAAAUGCAUCAAAAGUCACUUCAGCUCUAAAAAUCACCCAAGAUGAUAAAGCAACCAUAUCUUCACAAAAGCAAGAGAUAGAGAAGCUGUGGCGUGCAGUGGACGAUGCACAAGACAAAGAAACCAAAACUCACGAGACUAUUCACCAACUCAAACUUGAGAACAUCAGCUUGAAUAAGCUCAUAGAAAAUGGAGCUGGACUAGGCCCAGCAAUGCAGGAAAGUAUGAAGGCUCUAGAAAAAGAAAAGGAGGAGCUUACAGUAGAGAGAGAUGAGCAAAUGGAGGAGAUUAGUGCUCUACGCACAGAGCUCAGUGAAUUAAUGGAAAAACGAAAGGAAGCAGAAAACGAAAGAGAGUCGGUUGAGCUAAAAGUCUUACAGUUGCAAGAAGAAAUAACAGCAAAGAACCAAGAAAUAGAUAGAGAUAGUCGUCGAAAGGCAAAGCUAGAGAAAGAUUUGAGAGGUGUACAGGCAGAAGUUGAUGGUAAAGUAGAAGAGAUUAAAGCUAAGCAAGGACAGCUGAACAAAGCACAUGAAGAUUAUGCAAAGGCCGAGCAAGUAUUGAAAGACACACAGGUAAGACUAAAAUAGGAGAAAA